AUGCGCACCCCACAUCACACAACGUCACUCACCGGUGCCUAUACUGCGCACGCGCAAAUACUCAUCGAGUUAUACUUCCGGGUUAUACUGCACGCGUUUAUAAUGGCAGUGACUCUACAUACAGACUUGGGGGACAUAAAAAUUGAACUGUUUUGUGAACGUGCUCCAAAGUCUUGUGAGAAUUUCUUAGCUCUUUGCGCAAGCGGCUUCUAUAAUGGCUGUAUCUUUCAUCGGAACAUCAAGGGGUUUAUGGUGCAGACCGGAGACCCAACAGGUACUGGGAAGGGAGGAACAAGUAUUUGGGGGAGAAAGUUCGAAGAUGAAUUCAGUGAACAUUUCAAGCACAAUGCUCGUGGUGUGGUUUCAAUGGCCAACAAUGGCUCAAACAGCAACGGAUCCCAGUUCUUCUUCACCUAUGCUAAACAGCCUCACCUGGAUAUGAAGUAUACAGUGUUUGGAAAGAUAAUAGAUGGUUUGGAGACAUUGGAUGAACUUGAGAAGCUGCCUGUAAAUGAGAAGACCUUUCGUCCUUUAAAUGAUGUCAUCAUUAAAGAUGUGACGCUGCAUGCAAACCCAUUUGCCACCUAGAUCUGGUCAAAACUCCUUCUGUAUAGCAGAGUAAGUUUUUUUCCAGUGUCCCUACCAUUUUGGCGUCAUAAGCGAUGGCCACAGGCAGAGCAAGACACCCAAAGAUCUCUGGAUGGCGAUCUAGGAUUGACUUUAUGGAUUAUUUUUAAAUUCUGUUCUCUGGGAGAUCUUGCCAAAACGUCAUUUCUAUGAAGAUGCUGUCCUUUCUUGAAUUAGACAAGAUGGCUGUAUGGUUUGACAGUCUUAAAAAUUGCUUCCAUUUUCCGAAUUGGCAGCCCCCACCCUCUCCCUGCAGGAUUUGUUCGAUCUUGCCUUGUAGGACCUAUGUAUCGAUAACUUCAUGCCGAUUGUCUAGGCCAAAGUCUUAGACAUUACACAUGCAAAUUCAUGAAAAAUGCAGGAAAAGGUGUGAAUCCUAUUUCAAACAACUGUAUGUGUCACUCAUCAUUCAAAAUCAGAAACCACUGUUACUUUGCGUAAUUGACAAACAAAUCCAGACACUGGGCAUAGUACUUAAUUUGCCAGUGGGAUGUAUAAUUUCCCCUUUUCCUAUCACAAUUUCUGUAAUGCCAAUAACUGUUUCAUCAAUACAUACAGACCAUUGUGCAUAUUUGUGGCAACUGACAGCCUUUGUAUCACUAUGUAUGUAAAUAAAGGUAAUCCUUUUCUACA